UUUUUGUUUGUUUUUUACAAAAAAAAAAAACAUAAAUGUCAGUAAAUCAACCAAGAAAAAAAAAAAGCAGCAAAAAGUGCUUCCUGUGAACUGUAAUCGCAUGAUGACUGCUGGUGCAUGCCCUUUGACCUUUUGAACUGUCAUUAUCUACAAACUGAAGGGGUACAAGGUAUGGGGCUGGCCCAUGCUUUGGCCACAGGCCAUUUCAAGGACCUAUAACCCCCCCCCCCCAACUGGAGUGGUUUGUGUCAUCAAGUUGAGUCCAAUAACACUACAGCCAAAAAAAAAAAAAGUCCCUCUAUGGAUGGUUCUGUACACAUCUAAGCUUCUGCUGAGCCUACCGAUGCUUCUUUCACUGGACCCCUUCCCCCUAUUAUUCUCAAUGUGAUAUAUGCACUCUAUGCUACGUGGACAUGUGUCAGUGUGUGUCAGUAUGUGUGUGUAUGUGUGCGUAUGUGUGCGUAUGUGUGCGUAUGUGUGCGCGUAUUCUUCUCUACCGCAUGUGUUUCUCUUGCCUCAUGGCUGGGCGCUGAGCCCUGCCUAAAUGAUUGGCUCUGUGGCCCUGUGAUGUCAUGGCACGCUCGGUGCCGGAAUGAGAAAAGCCUCUGUGUUGCCCUGCUCGUGAGUAUUGUCUGCGUGCGCUGUCGUCUUUUUCCUUUUGUGGAUGAAAUUUUUUUUCCGGAGCCUGUCCACCUUGUUUUUUUUUUUAUUAUUAUUAUCAGUAUUUGGUAUCGUCUAACCCCAGUAAGGAACUGAAUUUCUUUCACCCCUCGUGUUUUCUUUGGAAAGGGGUUUCGGUUGCUUGAUUGUAUUGUGCAGCAGCUCUACAACACAACGAUUGAUGCUUUUCCCCAAGGUGACCUUUUUUCUACCUUCUUCCGUCAUUUCUCCCAGUAGCGCGCGUCACGUCGGUUCACAGUCUUUUAUCAGUAGCCUCAGUCAAUAUGCAGUAAAAUCACAGGCCUCUUCUUCAUCAACAUCCACAGCUCCUCCAUCUAAUGCUAAAAACUUGUUUUUGUGUGCUCUUUAUCUGUUUGCAACGGCUGUAGUGCCUCACCGUCAAAAUUUAGGUCCAUCGAUUUGAAACCGAGUGAAUGAUCUGGGAACAACAUGGAGGAUCUGAUUUGUUUGAGGAUGUAGUGAUUUGGAGUAUUGUGCUUCAAUGGUAGCAACUAUGAAAUUGCAUUAUGCUACUACAGUACAGUAACAUGGGAUGGUAGCACUGUGAUUGUCUUAUCAACACUGACCCCAGACUCGUGAACUGUGAAGACACACAAGCAAAAGCACACCCACACACUCACGCAUGCAUAAUCAGAAACAUAUCGCAUCACAAUGAAAUAGUUAUUGCCUGGUCCGAGUGUUCGAUUUUGGAGUUUGCCACAGCAAUAAUACCUAACAAGAACACAGAAGAUGGAAGCCAGGGUCCUGUGGGUCUUCGGGAAGGAUUUUGGAAAUGGAAGCCCCCUCCGUGAAGACAAACGUCCAGACAAACAUUGUUGGAGUCUGGCGUCGGGCAGCUGUGCUGUAUCUGACUGGUUCUGUCGCCCUCGAUGUGAAGGAGUCAGAGAAGAUGAUAAAAGAGCCGACGAUUCAGCUUUAGCAGUGCGGGACUGUGGAGGGAUUGUUUGUUUUUCAGCACCUAACGUAGCAAAAACAUAAACCAGGAGUCCGCUGACUCCAUGAGGUGGAAACCAUCGAGCUCCACUUUCUUUUUCCGUGUAAUUUCCGUUGCACUUGAUAGCGGCAUCACUGUAAAACCACCCACUAUCCUCCUCAUCUCUGAAGCACUUCCUUCAAGCCAGAAAGCUGACGGCAGUACUACGAAGGGGGUCACAUCAUAGUAGCACACAUUUUCCUGGCUAUCAAAAAACACAAUAUUUAAGUACUGUAUAUGUUACUGUAGCCUGAAUGAGUGACAGAACAGAUGAAUUAAUACAUUUGUUGCACAUCACACAAAUGCACGUUGUUUUCCAUGCCCGGUCCGCACACAUGAGAGCCUCAUCCGAUAUAGCACAUGUUUAUUACAUAUCACAUGUUUUCCACUGUUACUCCACUCAGGUUUUCAGUUCUGCUCUGUCAGAAUCAAAGUGUUUUCCUUUUUUAAGUUCCGAGUCCUCCUCUCUAAGACGAGUGUGGGACACAAAGCGAGUGCUUCUGAAUGAGACUUUGGUUGUUGGGGCCGGAUGGGGAUACACGGGAGGCCUUGGGGGGGGGGGGGGGUCGGAUGGAGCAGGAUGGUCUGUGUGUGAUUGUGUGUGUGUGUGUGGUGGUUGAUUCAAAUAAGACCAAAGAGGAAACAAAGUAGAGCAUGUGCUUCAGUAACCACUCAGCAAGUUUGCGUGGAGAGCCAAAAAUGAACCAAAAAAGGUUUUGGUAAAGCAUUAUUCCCUCUACAAAGAAGUAAACCAAGUUAAACAAGACCGUAUGAAUUUAUGCAAAACAAAAUUCUCUACAUCGUCAGAUGAAGCUGUGCAGUUGAGAGAACAUGAUAGAUGUGAUCGAGGAGGGAGGGCGGUGACUCCCUCCUCAAUCUCCAAAGCGACUAGUUAGUCUCUGCAUCUUGUACUGUAUCAGCACAAGAAAGAGGUUGGAUUUAGGACCUCUCUUUGGACCUCUCUACAAUAUAUAGAAUUGUUUCUUUGUUAGUGGCAGAGGCCGCCUUUCCCUCGUGGGGUUUUAACUGCAUACCCAGGCAAGAAGGAUUCACAAGAGACGAAACGUGAGCUCGAUGUGAGUCGGAAGACCAAAAACAAAUGUCAGAUGAAAGUGUUGACUGCCUUCUUUAGUCUUUAGAAUGAACCCUAUCAGCAUAGAGCUCCUUUGGUUGUGCAUUACAUUAUUAUUGGACAUUAAACCAAUAAUUACAUGUGGGAUCAACCUUUUCUUUGGUGGAUUAUGAAAAUUGCAUAAGAGAGUUUUGUUAGGGAGGACAGGACUCAUGACCUCAGUAUUUCUAAAAUGCUAACGAUGGCCCCUUGCAGCCUCUCACGGCUUGUUUUCUGCCCCCGAUGGUUGAUACACGUCAUGGCGCCCAAUCAACAAGGACUAAAAUCGUAAGUUUUAUAAAACUCUGAGCCAUCGUCCUUUUGUUUGAUAAUAACUUCUGAAUCAAACUAUUCAAUGAGACGGUGCUCUAUAGUAAAUUCAACUCCACCAUGUUUGUGUGUGAGUGAGUGUGUGUGUGAGUGUGUGUGAGAUGGUGAUUGGUUCCAAACCUGGUUGGAUCAGUGGGAAGAAGAGAGAUUUUACCAGACCUGUGACUUGAGAGGACGUGUAACCUUCGACGAUGUAUUUUAAAAAAAAAAGACAAAAAAGAGUAUUGUAAAAUUUUAACUGUCGCGAAAGAAUAGAGAUCACCUAUACUCCUUUAGAAUGGAUACAUGACAAUGUAAACGCAAUAUCAUAUUACUCUAUCCUAAGGAAUGCAACUGCGCACAUGCACAAAAAAAAGAUGUUUUUAUGAAAAUAUAUGUAUAAAUAUAUGACAAAAUAUAUUUAAUUAGAAUGCUAUGCACCCUCAUAGAGUUGUUAUGGAUGUUCUUUAAGCAUUAUCUAGAGUAGGCCAACGCCCGCAUCAUGGGGAAUGUAGAGGCUUUGUAGCUAUGACCACUUGUUUUCUUUUCUUUUGUAUUGUCCUGAGAGAGGAUAAACAAACGUGAAUAUGUAUACAAGCCUUUCAAUCAGAGUCAUUCUGACAUGAAGAUACGUAUAGUUCAUCUUACCCUGUACACCAGCUCAAACCAUUUACAAGAAUUAAUAAACAAAGAUGUGACAUAAAUGUUGUGUCCUGUUUUGCGCCUGUUUUCUUUAUUUCUGCCAUAAUGUUCCGAGGGGGACAAUUGUAUAUUCAGUGUAAGUUUGAAGUGGUCUCUCUUUUCAGUUAUGCUUUAUUUUGUGGGUCCAAAAUACCUCAUAUUUCCCUAAGACAUUGGAAACUAUUUCCAAUAUAUGUUUGAUAGUUGACAUUUUUGCAUGACACAACAUUUCAGCUGCUCGGUACUGACUAAACAAUCAAGUUUACACCUGCAAAUAAUUGGAAGUGUCUCACCUGAACACUGUACUUUUCCUUGAAAUGAGUCUAUUCCAUAGCCUUGUUCAAGAAAUUUCAUAUGAAUUCACAUUUACAUAUGUCAUAUGGGUCCAUCUUCAUAAUAAUAAUUAUACGAUGCCCUCUGAUUUUGCUGUUUUGUUUGUAAUAAUAUGUGUUUGUUUUUAAUGAAUAUUAGUAGUGCAUGUAUGCAACAUUUGAUUGGGUUAUAAUAUUGUAUAUUUACUAUGAAUACACUGUUUUUCAUAUAACUGUCCACCACAGAUUUGUUCUUGUUCUUAUCAUCGCCUCAUCUGUGGCGUAAUAGAGCUCCCUGCAGGUUAGGAAGAAACGUGGAAAAACUACAACCUCCACGUGUUGUGACGCCCCCUGUUUUCAGCCAAUCACAGCUCUCCGCUCCACGUGUUGUUUUCGAAGGCGGUCCGUGAGUUGUUUUUGACGUGCUCACACACCACGUGGAGGCACACCGUAGCGUUUCCUGCUUCCUGACAGUAGCUCCGUAACGUCCUUCACACUUCGAGCGACUCUCCCCGCUUGUGGCGUUUAGCGACUAGACCACGAACCGACACGGUGUUGCGAGAGAUGUCAGCGGGAGGUCAGACCACCGGGGGCCGGGAUAUCCCGGCCGUCAGACGGGUCACCAUCCACGACGCUGCCCACAUGCCCCAGGACUACUCCACGACUCCAGGGGGGACUCUGUUCAGCACUACGCCGGGAGGCACCAGAAUCAUCUACGACAGGAAGUUCCUCCUGCAGUGUCGGAUGUCUCCUCUGGCUCGCACGCCUCCCAAUCUGCCCGACAUCCCCGGAGUCACCAGUCUGCUCAAACCCAACUCCUCCAACCACACAAACCAGCCUGAACCGACACUCAGCAAUAUCACAGAGGACAACGCAGAUGCCCAGUUUGAAAUGGACAUCUGAGGAGAGUCGGCUGCAAGGACAGAAGUGAUUCCCAACAUUUUUUUUAUUACUUUUUUUCGUUUACUAAGAUGAAAAAAAGAAAUCCUCAGUUGAAAUGAGAAGCCGAGUCUUAUUGAGCUGCAUAAUCCACUUUCAGAUUUGUUCUGAAAACAAGAAGGCAUUUUUAUUUUUUUUUCUUAAUGUGUUUUAAAUGUUCUUUACAAACCAACACUACUGUGACUAAUGCAUGAAAUGAUUUGUUUGGCUUUGUACGACCUGUGACAUAUUUGAGAAGCAAGUCAAAGUCUUAUUGUGAUUAAACCAUUAAUAUGUUAUGUGAUUUGAGGACUUUUAACCACAUCUUUAAAAUAUUCAAUGUACGACUACAUUACUUGAAGUAUGGAACUCAGUGUAAAGUAACAGUCUUAGCACUGGUGAUAUUUUGGGAAAUCUGAUGUUUAUAAAUCAGUUAUAAUUGAUUUGUUUCUGCUGCCACUUGGCGGCAUAGAGUUUUGAGUUGAUGGAGCCAAUUUGAUAGCAAACUAUAUCUGUCUCUUUAGCUGCUAAAUGCUCCACUAUGUUCACCAGCUGGCUGCUAACUUUGUCACUCUGCUGUUUGGUGUUUAAGUUUUUAUUUUUGCUGGAAACCAACCAGUCUCUUUUCUGAAACCGAAAAAUAUUGAAGGACCGGUUCACAAUUUUUCAACUCGGGUGCACAUAUUUCAGCAGGUUUCGCGCCGUGGCUACUGAUGACAAGUAAGCCUUGGCAAUGAGCAAUUACACCUGUGCAUUUCCUGCUAAAACAAGUAAAACAUGUCUGCCGUGAAAAAGGUCUCGUGUUCACAAUUAUUAUUUUUUUUUAUGACCAGAGUAAUAAAAACCAAAAAACACUUUUGUCAAGAUAAAAAAUAAUUUAUUGUAUCAUUGUACAUAGCAAACAUUCAAAUGGGUCAAUGUGACCCAAACAUUUCAAUAAAGUUAAAAGCGCUUACACCAUUC